UAAUAUUUCAGGACAAGGAAACAUGGGAGUGGGAACAGAUAGAUAAAUGUCUCAGGAGCAUAACAGAAGCUUUCCACUUCCACUGUAGAGAGUACAGAGAUACAGUUGAUGCACUCUAAUCACACGAAGACUUAAAAAGGAAAGCAGUAGCGCUACUUCUCUUGGCUUCGCUGCAAGGUUUCCAUCAUAUGGGAUAGACCUUGCCAAGUGACAGGUGAGUAAGCUGUGUCAACUUUACCAACCGGAUCCCACAAACUCCCUUUUGUGGCCAGCAUGAAUGUGAGAGACGCAGCAUCUUAAAACAUAUAUUCUUAAUGCUGGGGACAAGAAUUUGACAUCUGCCACACAAGACAAAAACAGAUCACAUGCAGUCUCAGCAGCGUGUGGAAGCGGUUGGGGACCCAAAUGGGACCCAGAUUGUCUUCACCCAAGAGGUGGUCAUCUCUCCUGGACUCCCUACUCCUCCUCUGAGUCCUUUUCGCUCAGCGAGGCAGCCAUCUGGAGAGUCUAAGGUGUCAGAGGUGAAUGGAAGUGGCCCAACAUCUCUCAGCUUUGCGUCAUACUAUGGCCCCUCACAAUCAUAUGGGGGGAUGUCGAAUGGCGUCCAGGCCUGUGCCACUCUACCACGUAGCUGGACUCCCACCAGAGAGGAGAGACUUAUCAAAUUCUCAGGAAUUGGCCCGGUGGAUGAGACAGGGAUGCCCAUUGCCUCCAGAUCAAGUGUGAACAAGCCCAGAGACUGGUACAAGAGCAUGUUCAGACAGAUUCACAAGAAGCCAGAGGAAGAGGAAGAUUCAGAGAGGUGGUCAGCCGAACGGCUCCAGUUAUCUGCCAACAAAGAGGAAAAUAAUGAAGCAGACAAGAAUCUCUUCACACUAACACCUUAUGGAGCCUUACCAGAUUGGAGUGAAGAUGUAGAUAAGUUGUCAGACCCGGGAAAGCAGCACCCUCAACCGAAGAGCAUAUACGACUUUGAGCCUGGAAAGAGCACCACCUCUGAAAGUCACAGCCAGGUUCAUCUGCCAGUGAAGAAACCGCCUGAGAAACCCAAGUCCCCUUCAGUUGAGGCCAGUCUGGUCUCUGAGCUGAGUCGGUUUGAGGCUGAGCUGGACUCGGAGAUCCAGGGCCUGGAGAGGAGACUUUCCCAGAAGAAGCAGCGUCGAGGCCGGGGUGAGGAGGCCAGAGGCAAGGAUCCAGUGGCUGCUCCAAAGACCGGGACUACAAAUUACAGCAAUUUAUCAGCAUCCAAACAACCUGUCCAUCGCCCUGUUGGCCCACCACCAGCCUCCAUUCCAACAUAUGUAGAACGUCUCUCUCCUGCAAAUGAAACCAUGGAGCGCUCUCCUAAGAAAGAGGAGAAGAAGAUGAAAGCAGCAAGAGUCAAGUUCAAUUUCCAGGCUCAGUCACCCAAGGAGCUCUCACUGCAGAAAGGCGACAUUGUUUACAUCCACAGGCAGGUCGACAACAACUGGUUUGAAGGAGAACAUCAUGGCAGAGCUGGCAUUUUCCCCUCAACCUAUGUGGAGAUUCUGCCUCCUUCAGAGAAGCCGACACCUAUAAAGUCUCCCACUGUACAGGUGUUGGACUAUGGAGAAGCUGUCGCUUUGUUUAAUUUUAAUGCGGACCUUCCAGUUGAACUCUCUUUUCGUAAAGGUGAGAUAAUCAGCAUAACCAGGCGUGUUGACGAAAAGUGGUUGGAGGGGAGGAUCUCAGGGACCAGCCGGAGUGGCAUCUUCCCCGCCUCUUAUGUUCAGGUCAACAAGAUGCCCCGCACCAAAUACUCCACAGAUGACUACCCAGCAGGCCCCAUGUCCCCCGUCUCACCUGGACCCCAGAGUCCAGGCCGUCCACUCCAUUCACCCUGCCUGCGGUCACCAGUGUCCCCUUUCACCCCCACCUCACUCAGCCCCCAACCUGAGCACUCCCCCUUGAAGCCGUCUUCACCUGUACCUUAUGGCAGCCCGGCUUCACAGUCACGCUCCCCCACCCAGACACCCUUAUCCAAAGAACCGGCCUAUCGGUGGCCCCACAGUACCUCCACAACUGCUUCACCCACCAACCAGAACAGUCACUGGGGUGGGUCACACUCAGCUAACCAGAGCUCUGUGGCUAGAGCUGUUUCACCACUCAGCCAGUCGUCAGCAUCUGUGCAUAGAGCAGGAGCCAACACAGCGAACACUCCCAGAUACCCUGACCCGUCACAGGGUGCAACAACAAACCGAGCUGCUCCUUCUAAUCCACAUGUAAACUCCCUCCCACCAACACAUGGGCCAAACAACGCUGGCUCCACGAUGGUGCAACGCCUGCCAUAUAAAGCUGUUUACAACUACAAACCACAGAAUUCAGACGAGUUGGAGCUCAGAGAAGGAGACAUUGUACAAGUGAUGGAGAAAUGUGAUGAUGGCUGGUUUGUAGGUACGUCAGAACGGACUCAUGCUUUUGGGACUUUUCCUGGGAAUUAUGUGGCACCAGUUUGACUUCCUCACUUCCUGCUUGCCCACAUUCACCUGGAUUCAUAAGAGUCUGACCAAUCACUCCAGCUCACUCCAGCAGAUCCUGCUUUUGACACCCCAGCAAUUCUUCAUCCCAUUUCCCACCACACUCCCAAACCUGCUUUAGUCAGGCCUGCAUGUUCAUUAUUUUCCCCAGAACAAAGGUGAAGACAAGGACAUCGUGUGGUUUCUCACCUCUCUGCAUGAGUACACGUGUGUUUGUGUGUGUGUUGCACUGAGACUUGGUGUUUUCAUACACCAUUUGAGAGGAAAGACUGAAUGCUGAUGAUACUAUUUCAGAUGCAAAGAAUGGACAUUUUUUUUGCUCCACAACUAUUUGCAGCUGCAGGAAAUUUGCAUUCCUUCCCAGUGAACAGCACUGUUCCCUCUAAGGUCCUGGUACAGUAUGACUCUGCAUUCAGUGUUUUAACACCACAGUUUCAUCACAAACCACUGUUGAGAAUUAUGACUUACGAUGGCACAUUUUUCUGGUAUUUCGCUGGAUAAUUAAUGUUUCCGUAAAAUGUCUCCCCCAGAUUUUCUUUCAGAUCUCUGAAAAUAUCCUGGGCAGUUUGAGGAAACAACAUGAACAUCUGUAGAUAUGUGCUUACAGUAAAGCACAACAAGGGUUCAGGCAUGUCAUGAUAAGGGUACAGAGGAGCAGAGGAGCAAAAUGAUUAAAGCAUGUACUGGUUUAUUUUUAUUAAUAGCUAAAUUUUGGGCAUUUUUUUUUUGAGUCUGUUCCCUCAUGAUGGCAAAAGUAAAAAGAGACAUUAGAUAAUAAUCAGGGCUGUAAUGGGAAUCGGUUUGCUCUGAAAUUCAAUUUGUACAAGAUCAGGUGUGUUGAAUAUCUCAAAGUAUGUGAUCUAGACAAUGCCUCCAAAGCAAAUGAGCAAAUGAUCUUUUGACAUUGUUGAAGUAAUGCUGUAUGUGCCAAAUCUAACCUUUUAUGACAUGUCUGUGUUUAUCACUUUAUUUCUGCCAUGUUUACUACUACUGCUUUUAUAAUGUUUUCUCUGCUAAAGCUACAGGGUUAACAUUUUCACUUUGACAACAGUAUUCAGACUUCACUUAUGUUUGUGCCAGUGCAACCAAGUGUGAACUUUCUAAACCUAAUUAUUAAACCCUAUCAUGAAGUCAUUUGCAUCUUUUGAUAUAUUCAUGAUUUCUUUGUAAAAAUGAAUCACGUGCGGUAGACACAGAAGAUGAUUGUACAGGCUGUGACCUUUUAUCAAAUUUGAAAGUAUAAUAUAUAUUUGCUUAUAAAACAAUGUAUCUUAUAUGUAUGGUACGCAUUUUUUUAAAAGCAAUUAAACAUUACAGAGUGAUA